GUUUGUAUUUUGCGUCAUCUAGUUCAAUAAUCCUAACAUAAAACGAGAGAGCGAGAGGUAGUGAGGAAGUCCCGAGGAUUCGGCGUUUCACUCGUGUGGCCUUGGUUGCAAAAACAAGUUGUGUGGCUCUCUCCCAUCUAUCUCCUUAUCUCUCCUCAUCAUUUUUCCACCUCAUAUUUUCAAUACUUUCUUCUAUUACAAUCCCACUCCCUAAUUUUCUAAACCUUUUGUUUUAUUCCCUAGCUUUGUCAAAGUCAACUCCCUCGCCUACCUCACCGUCCCAUUAUUAUGAUAAAAAAAAAUUACUAAUAGGGAAGAUAUAUGAAAAGUAAAAAGUAGAAGGACAAAGAUGCAAAGGUAUCAUAAACUGCAUUGUGAGCCAUACGUAACUGAAAAGAUUUUUCGCUUUGCUCUUAUCCGCCACGCGUCUGAAGAUUCAAAUAAGCGAAGCUAGUUGAUUAGGAUAAGCAAAAUAACAAAAUAAAAUACUUACAAACAUGGAAAAUCAAAUAAAAAAACGAUAUAUUAAAGAGGUCUGAGAAGAAAAGGCCCUCAGGAGCUUCCGCCUUAUCAGAGUGUGGAGAAGGAGAGAAACAAGAAAAGGUGGGAAAUGGACUAUAUGAAUGGACCAGGGAGACACCAUCUGUUUGUACCAGGACCUGUGAACAUACCGGAACAGGUGAUCCGGGCGAUGAACCGGAACAACGAGGAUUACCGGUCACCGGCCAUCCCGGCACUUACAAAAACGUUGUUGGAGGACGUGAAGAAGAUAUUCAAGACAACAUCUGGGACACCAUUUAUGUUUCCCACUACAGGGACUGGUGCUUGGGAAAGUGCCUUGACCAACACGCUAUCACCUGGAGAUAGAAUUGUCUCGUUUCUGAUCGGACAAUUUAGCUUGCUCUGGAUUGACCAGCAGAAGAGGCUUAAUUUCAAUGUUGAUGUGGUUGAGAGUGAAUGGGGACAAGGUGCUAAUCUCCAAGUCUUGGCUUCAAAGCUCUCACAAGACCAAACUCAUUCCAUCAAAGCCAUUUGCAUUGUGCACAACGAGACUGCGACUGGAGUCACCAAUGACAUAUCUGCUGUCCGAACCCUCCUCGAUCACUACAAGCACCCGGCUUUGCUGCUUGUGGACGGUGUCUCGUCCAUAUGUGCUCUUGAUUUCCGAAUGGAUGAGUGGGGAGUGGACGUGGCCUUGACAGGCUCGCAAAAAGCCUUAUCCCUUCCAACAGGCCUUGGUAUUGUGUGCGCAAGUCCAAAAGCCUUGGAAGCAACCAAAACUUCAAAAUCCCUCAAAGUCUUCUUUGACUGGAAUGACUACCUAAAGUUUUACAAGCUUGGAACAUAUUGGCCAUACACACCUUCUAUACAACUCCUAUACGGUCUUAGAGCUGCUCUUGAUCUUAUCUUUGAGGAAGGACUUGAUAAUGUCAUCGCCCGUCAUGCUCGUUUGGGAAAGGCCACCAGGCUGGCGGUAGAAGCAUGGGGGCUGAAAAAUUGCACACAGAAGGAGGAGUGGAUAAGUAACACAGUUACAGCGGUCGUGGUGCCUCCCAAUAUAGACAGUACGGAGAUUGUGAAAAGGGCAUGGAAGAGGUACAACCUAAGUCUUGGUCUAGGUCUCAACAAAGUGGCUGGAAAGGUUUUCAGAAUUGGUCACCUUGGAAACCUUAAUGAGUUGCAACUUCUUGGGUGUUUGGCUGGAGUGGAGAUGAUACUGAAGGACGUUGGGUACCCAAUUGUUUUGGGAAGUGGAGCUUCAAUGUAUGAUUUUAUUGAGUUUUCGUUGAUGUGUGUAGAGUGGUUGAAGAAGAAUCUUGUUAGAGGAGUAGAAUGGAGGUGA